UAAAGGGAGGUUUGUCCACCGCCGAAAGCUCAGUGAGUAUCGGUGUUUUGUUCUUCUACCAUCGCGGACAAGUGCCACGAGGGGCCCAUCGACAUGAACAGGGUCUCUCCAGAGGCGCUAGGCAAGGACAAGUACUGGAAGAAGGGGGAGGUGCCCGCGGAGAGGUUUGACAAGCAGAAGCAGACGGGGGGCAUGGUUCUGGAGUAUAUGGAGCACAUGAUCUACGGAUUCGAGCCACCUCAGAUUGUUCCAUUCUGGAAGGGCACGAAGGUCGGGCGGACUGCAUGCUUUUUUUGUUUUUUGUCUGUAUGUGCGUGAGUGUGCGUGUGAGUGUGCGGCUGCUCGACGGUGUCGGCUACGCCCGCCCCUCUCUGAGAGCACAGCUUAGUUUGCGACGUCAUACAAGUAGUAAUUCACUGGGGCGAGCUUCUCGUUCUCGUUUCACUCGAACCGCUGAUUGCACUCGGCGCGGGCGCCAUAGGGAAU